AAUUCAAAAGGACCUAAUGGUUUGACUACAGGGAGCUCUUUGGGACAGAUUUCAAAAGUACAGCAAGGAGUAUACAAAACAGUGAUUGCAGAAGAAACUUUAAAAAUACUUCUCUGGACUGAAGAAAUGGACAAAAGGAACAAAACACAGCUCCAAAGGGCAAUUGGAUAUUUUCAUGGAGUGACUUUCUUACUCAGUACUAUAAUAGGUGCAGGAAUCUUCAUAGCUCCCAAAGGAGUGCUGAAAUAUUCUUCCCUCCAUGUGGGCGUCACACUAAUCAUCUGGGCUGUUUGUGCAGUGGUGUCCGUGAUAUCUGCUCUUACUUAUGCUGAGGUGGGCACAACUUUCCCUCGAAGUGGAGCUCAAUACUAUUUCCUCAAAAAAUCCCUGGGAUCUCCAUUUGUUUUCUUCUGCCUCUGGACCGGUUUCUUUACAACACCAGCAGGAAUUGCUAGUCGAACCUUAUUGCUGACUGAGUAUGUUAUUCAACCUUUCUACCCUGGGUGUUCUGCACCAACAUUACCCAAAAAAUGCUUGGCUUUGGCCAUUUUGUGGUCUCUGGGAAUCCUCGGUGUUCAAGGUGUGAAAAAAGUAACUUGGUUUCAGACAAUCAGCACAAUGAUGAAGACAACAGUUCUCUGCCUUAUUGCCCUAAAUGGAGCUGUGUUGUUGGUGAUAAGAAAGGAGAAUUUAAUCAGGUUGGGGGAUGCUUUCAGUUCUGAUCUUCCUAAUAUCUCUCAGAUUCCAGAAGCCUUUUUCCAGGGAUUGUAUGCAUAUACAGGCUGGGAAGCAAUGGUUUCCAUUGCAGGAGAUGUAAAAAACCCAGCUAAGAAUAUUCCCAGAUGCAUAUUCACUGCACUUUUCUUGGUGACCAUACUUUACCUUCUGGUUAAUAUUUCCUACCUGACUGUUCUAACUCCUGAAGAAAUCAUCGCUUCAGAUGCUGUCGCAAUAACAUGGGCUGAUAGAGUAAUUCCCUCCUACCAGUGGAUCAUUUCCAUAGGUGUUUCUACUUCAAUUCUCAGUGGCCUUUUAUCUACUAUAUUUUCAUCAUCAAGACUACUCUAUUGUGCAAGCCAAGAGGGGCAGAUGCCUUUGUUGUACUCUAUGCUUAACAUCCACUCCAGUCCAGCUUUACCUGUGAUUCAGACAAUCAUCAUUGCGUCUGUUAUGAUUUUUCCCUCAGACUUAAUCCGAUUGAUAAACCUUCUAGGCUUCUCAGGAUCAAUUCAAAUGAUGUUGACCAUAAUAGGUGUAAUUAAGUUGAGAUACCAGGAGCCUAAUUUACCUAGACCUUUUAAGGUACAUUUAUCAUUUGCACUAGGAACAUUCAUUCUGUUUUUCCUCUUGGUUUUGAUUCCAAUUAUCCAAUCUCCAAAGAUGUACCAUAUUUACGUGCUUUGCUUUAUUCUAUCAAGCUUUUUGUUAUAUCUGGUUUUUGUACACUUCAAGUUUUGUUUUGGUUGGUUUAAUGAAGUCACUUGCUAUUUGCAAUUGCUGUUGAAUAUUUCACCCCCUGAUGGGUCUGAGGAAUAG